AUGUCGUUUAGCACAAACAAAGAGAUUGACGAGGCCGUCGACACCGUCACCAAGACGUUCAAGUCCAACGUCACCAAGCCGCUCGAAUGGCGCAUCACCCAGCUGCGCAAGGCCUGGUGGAUGUUCGAGGACAACAAGGAGCGCAUCGUCGACGCGCUUAAGAAGGACCUCAACAAGCACCGACAGGAGGCCCUGCCCAUCGACGUCGUCGGCAUCCAGAGCGCCAUCCUCGAGGCCCUCAAGCACAUCAAGGCCUGGAACGCCGACGAGCGGCCCGCCCGCACCAACCCGCUCAACCUCCUCGGCGGCGCCCGCAUCCGCCGCGAGCCCAAGGGCGUCACCCUCAUCAUCUCGGCCUGGAACUACCCCUUCAUGGAGCUCUUUGAGCCCAUGGUCGCCGCCCUCGCCGCCGGCUGCACCACCAUCCUCAAGCCCUCGGAGCUGGCCCCCGCCUCGCAGGACCUGAUUACGCGCAUCGUCCCGCGCUACCUCGACCAGGACGCCGUGCGCGUCAUCACCGCCGGCCCCUCCGAGAUGGACCACCUCCUGGGCAAGAAGUUUGACCACAUCUUCUUCACCGGAUCCACCGUCGUCGGCAAGAUCAUCUACGCGCGCGCGGCGCCGAACCUGACCACCGUCACGCUCGAGCUCGGCGGCCGCGGCCCCGCCAUUGUCACGGCCAACGCCAACGUCGACCUCGCCGCCAAGCGCAUCGCCAACAUCAAGUUUCUCAACUCGGGCCAGGUCUGCGUCGGCGUCAACCACGUCUUUGUCGACCCCAAGGUCAAGGCGCCCUUCCUCAAGGCCCUCGCCAAGUACUUUGACCAGUACCUCGGCGGCAAGGGCACCGCCGCCAACCCGGGCUACGUGACCAACAUUGUCAACGACCGCCACUACAACCGCCUCGAGGGCCUGCUGGAGAAGUCGUCGGGCAACAUCAUCUACGGCGGCGACCGCGACCCGGCCACGCGCUACUUCUCCCCCACCGUCGUCGACGGCGUCACCACCGACGACUCCCUCCUCUCCGAGGAGCUGUUCGGCCCCAUCCUGCCCAUCCUCGACGGCACCCUCGACGAGGCCAUUGCCUACACGGCCGCGCACGACCACCCGCUCUCGCUCUACGGCUUCACCGACUCGAGCGCCGAGCAGCGCGCCAUCCUCGACAAGACGAGCUCCGGCGGCGUCACCUUCAACGACGGCAUCCUGCACAUGGCCAUGAAGGACGCGCCCUUUGGCGGCGUCGGCGGCUCCGGCACCGGCGCCUACCACGGCAUCUACGGCUUCCGCGAGUUCACCCACCUCCGCACCGUCGCCUCCAUCCCCAGCUGGAUGGACUCGAUCCUCUCCUUCCGCUACCCGCCCUACACCAACGCCAAGGCGCUGGCGCAGAUCAAGGCCACGGGCGGCGGCGGCGCCGUGUCCUUUGACCGCGACGGCAAGACGACCACGACCACGAUUGGUCGCAUCCUGGGCCAGUGGAAGCUGCUGGUGCUUGUGGCGGCGAUUCUCAAGUGGCGCGGCUGGACUGUCGAGGAUGUGCGCAACCUCUUUUAA